AUAAUUUCACAUGUUUAGCGACAGCUAGGUGCUGCUACUCAGACCAACCUUCUGAGUCGUCUAUUUAUUGAAAUACGUUGUGGGUGCUUGUAGGGGCUUGUAGGUGACGAUUUCCGAAGCCACGUGCCUCAUCAUCACUUGCGAUCGUACCACUACCGUCAACGCAUCAUGUCUUCUCCCCGCUGCCACUAACUGAGCGCCUUCCAAGAUGCCUCUCUCCGCAAAAACAAGAGCUUCUUCCUAUGAUAUUAAAGCACAAAUCGAGGAUCUCAAGCACGAAAGGGAAAAAUCUCGGGCCCAAUAUCUGGAGACCCUAAAAAAACUGCGGAGAAAGGCGGACGUGGAACGAGAUAACGAUGACUUGCGAAAAGAAAAUGAAAGAUUAAGGAAAGACUUGGAAGAAGCGAGGGAGAGGGCCUUGAAAGCAAACGAUGAUGCGACCGACAUGUGGGGCCAAAAGGAGGCCGUCGCAGACGAAAACCGUGAUCUAAAGAGACUGGUAGCCAGGUUGCAACACCGACUAGAGGAAUUUAUGCUUUCGAGAAAUCGUGCACAAGUGAAGGUGGAAAAGGCCCCCAAACCAACAAUGGUACCGACUCCUUCACCGUCAUUGAGAUCUCACUCAACAGCACCGGAAGUUAUCAGUCUAAUUGAUGACGACGAUGACGACGACAUGGUAGUCGAUACCUACCCUCCUCGCCGCUCCAUUGGAACACCUUCAUCGACAAUGACCCUCAAGUCCGAACCUUUAUCAGAUAUUGAGGUCAAUUUGCAGGUAGCCUAUGAUACAUAACUUAACAACUUUCCUUAGGCACUGUCGAUGUCUGCACGCGCCAAAUUCCUCUCCGCAAAAGAAAAUUCAAACGAGAAACCCGCAGACGCAGAUCCCAUGUUGGAGUCGGUACCAACGAGAAAUUCUACUUUA